UUGUAGAGUCAGUUGUUACGGCAGCGGCAAUCCGUUUUGUUUGGUCGUUAGAUUUUUGUUUCGUUUUGAUUAUUUCGCACAUUUGUUUAUAAACCUGCCCCAGCCAGUGCCUGCGCGUAGAACAAGUUUUCCUUAGAACAUAACUACACAGCUGCGUGAAGCAAAAUGGAUGCACUUAGCGACUUAUUGGCACCGCACAGUGAAACCAUCGGUAAAAUAGCCGGCACAAUAACUACACUACAAUUUCUAUCCGGCAUAGCGCUUUUAAAUGAUAUACGCAAAAAGGGCAGCAGCGAUAUUUAUCCCAUUGGACCAUUUCUAGGCGGUAUAGUGCUGUUCCGCCUGGGCAUGUUGAUCACAUCGAUACUCGUCUGGCUAGUUGGCUCACCGCUGCUCAAUUUGCCCGACAUCAUCAAGAAGAAGAGCACGGAGGGCAUGCCCUUUCCCAUCAUCUUUGCCGGACAGCUGGUUGCCACUGCCUGGACCUUGUAUGCAGUGUCCAUACGCAAUCAUGUCAUGGUGUAUCAGAAUUUGUUCCUGUGGGUCUUGGGUGGCAUCCAGCUGGUGAUGUUCAUGAUCUAUCCCAGCACACCUGCCAAGAAGCCCGCUGCCAAGUCCGAGAAGAAGAAGGAGAAAUAAAUAACUCAACUACAAGUACCUAAAUUAAAUGAAUUAAGAAAGCCAAGGAAGGCAUCUGGCGUCCCUAACAUCAUCUAGAAUUUUCGACUUAACUAAUUAUUCCAGUUUCGAACUCAAACGCUUCUAGUACAAUUUUGACUUAACAAUAAUCAGGCAGGGUUCCAUSUAAUAAUAAUAAUUAGCUAAGCUUCUACUCAGCAAAUUCAAGUGUUGUACAUAUUCGAUUUCUGAUUACAU